UUAAUCAACUUCACCAUCGAGUAUCGGACAGCCAUUGAGGAGAUGACAGCCAAGCGUGAGCACAACUUAAGGGUGUUUGAGUUGUCAGUAGAGGAGUGGAAGAUUGCAUCUGACCUGCAGGAAGUUUUCAAGGAUGCUACGACCUUCUUCUCACGCUCCACACCCAACCUCGCUACUGUCAUCCCCGCUAUCGACCAUAUCGACGAAAUGCUCUUGGCCCAUGAAUCCAGCUCAUCUCUGAAUCGUGCUGUACAAUCUGCGCUCACUCUUGGCAAAAAAACACUUGACCACUACUAUUCAUUGACAGACAAAUCUGAUGUGUAUCGUGUGGCCAUGGUGUUGCAUCCUCGUCAUAAACUUCAAUAUUUCAGAAUGGCCCAGUGGGAUCAAGAUUGGAUCGCGACCGCAGAACAACUCAUCCGCAAUGAGUUUGAUCUCAACUAU